AUGGGGUUGAACGUAAUCAACGUUCACAUAGUACCGAGCACCCAUGGCGAGCUCGGCGACAUCAGAACUUUCUAUCAACACUAUACUGGAUAUGAUAACAUGUUUAAUAGUCAAAGUAAAGUCACUAUGAAGAAUAUUUUGGAUGCAACCAUCACGGCUCUCUGGGCUCACAAGGACAGGAAAUUCACAUUCUCCGACAUGCCGUAUCUAUUCCAUUGGUGGCAAAACAGAGAUUUGACAGUAAAACGUAUGGUGUACGAAUUGCUUCGUCAAGGGCGCCUCUACUUCAACGGUGGUGGCUGGAGCAUGAGCGAUGAAGCUACCACCAGCUACCACGCAAUAAUCGACCACUUCACCUACAGUUUAAGAAAAAUUAAUGCAACCUUCUUGGAAUGUGGACGUCCACUAGUAACCUGGCAAGCUGACGUUUAUGGACAUUCUAGAGAAUUCGCGUCCCUGAUGGCGCAGAUGGGAUUUGACGCACAUUUCAUUAAUCCUAUCAGCUAUGAUGAUGAACUGUCUAGGAUGAAAAGCAAAUCUCUUGAGUUCGUGUGGAGAGGCAGCGAUGAUUUAGGAGCUCCAACGGAUAUAUACACCCACAAGCUCUUCGACGGCUACGGGCCUCCUCCAGGGUUCUGUUUCGGGGGCUUCUGCACCGACCCUCUCAUCAUCAGCUCGGACAAAACUUUCAGCAACGUCGAGGAGAGGGUGAAAGAGUUCCUCCAACUGAUCCUCGAGCGCCAGAGUCCAUACUAUACCACAAAGAAUGUAAUGAUCAUCAUGGGAAAGAAGCUGGCGUACCAUGACGCAGAGAUCUGGUUCGCAAACAUCGAUAAAUUGAUCGGCAAUGUAAAUGCUAAACAAGGCAAUACGCAAGGGAAGAAGGUUUAUCUAUUCUACUCGACCCCAGCUUGCUACGUGAAGGCCGUACAUGAAGCUACGCCGAAUCUGACAACGAAACAGGAUGAUUUCAUUCCUUUGGGGAUUGAUAAGAAUACGCAUGCGACUGGGAUGUUUACUUCACGACCUGUCAUCAAGUACCACGCUAGAGAGAUACACCUAUAUGUCCAGAUAGCAAAACAACUACAGAUCUUUGCUCAACUUGGCAACAAUGACAAGAAAUUUGAAGAAAUCAUGUGGAUAUCAGGAGUACUACAGGACCAUACAAUAAUCACCGGAGCGAUGCGUCCGCACGUGAGUGAAUAUUACGCCAGUAAGGCCUACAUAGCCAAGGAGAUAUGCAUGCAGAUGUUCAGACCUGCUUUUAAUAUUCUACGUAAUUCUUCGAGCAAAAUGAUCUACUACGCUUGUCAAUUCAAUAUAUCUUCCUGUUGGACCCUUGAAGGAGACAGAUUCUUCAUCGUGGUGUAUAAUCCCUUGGCUUGGUCAGUCACUUUGCCUGUCAGGCUACCUGUUGCUAGAGGAAUCUACAAAGUUUAUGAUCCAAAAGGUGUACAACAGAACCAUUCCCUAGUAACACUUCCAGAACUAGUAAUGGCACUCCCAGACCGAGGAGACUUCCUAACAGAAGAUGAACUAGUAUUCAUAGCAACUAAAAUACCACCGCUAGGCUUCAAAUCCUACUACAUAGAACGAGUGCAACUAAGGACGAGAACAAAGCGAUCGGUUUUAAAGCGAAUAUUUUAUCAAGACCCCACAACUAAGAAAACAUUUACGAGGGAGACGAAUUUUCUGAAACGCGACGGAAAAUAUGUUCUCGACGAUUUACCUGAGUAUGAGUAUUUUGAAGAUGUUACUGAGAAGGGGCAUGAUAAAGUCCCUCUAGCUAACGCGCCGAGGGCCAAAUAUUUUGAGUUCUAUAGUGAGUAUGUCGGUACUGAACCGCCAGCUACUAACGAGCCGGAAGAAGAUGACACUGCUGAAUCGAAGAAGGUUUCAAUGCAAAGUAGUUAUGUUCCAUUGCGUACUAAUAUGUUCACAAUACCAACUUCGUUCACCACUCCAGCACGAACAACAACAACGACGUCAACAACAACGACGUCAACAACCACCUCAACCACUACCAGUUCAACCACAGAAGUAUCAUCCGAACCUGUUAUAACCACAAGGAAAUUUAUACCUUACACCCUCUUGAGUACAACCUUUGAACCCGAACCUGUUGUAACUACAAGGAAAUUUAUACCUUACAACAUGAGUACAACCUUUGAACCGAUUGAGUACUACGAUGAGGAACCAAGUGAGACAACAACGACCCAAACCGUCGAAAGCACGGCCCCAUUUUUCGAUUUUGAAAAGUUUUAUCGAAGGUUGGAGAAGUCCGGGUACCAUAGCAUGGAGUCCAGUGACGGUUUUAUUCAGAAUGAGUACAUCAAAAUAAAUGUCAACAACGAUCAACAACCGCUGAACAUAAUACUCUCAAAUGGCGUCAACAUAUCUUUUUCCAUACAAAUGUGUUACUACGUCUCAGAUGACCCAGAAAAGCUCGGAACUAUGAAGAAGAAGCCAGGAGCCUUUAUAUUUAGACCUAUGGACUCCCAACCGAUAUUAAUACUAGAUCUCUACAACUCUAAGAUCUUAAAAUCCGAUGUCGUCGAAGAGAUCCAACUUCGUUUCGCAGAUUACGCUGGGAUCUCUUUAAAGUUGUAUAGAGGAUUGCCGACUAUUGAGGUCGAUUGGGUCGUUGGUCCGAUUCCAAUCGCCGAUAACUUGGGUAAAGAAGUUUUUAUUCGAUAUGUGACUGAUUUGAACAAUAAUGGCGUUUUUUAUACUGAUAGUAAUGGUAGACAGACUAUGAAACGAAUAAGGGACGCUAGACCUACCUUUUUGCCGACUAUUGUUGAUAGUUCUUCUGCUGUCGCUGGCAACAUCUAUCCAGUCACCUCAAAAAUAUACAUCGAAGACAAAACGAAAAACAUCAGAAUGUCAAUUUUUACCGACAGAUGUCAGGGCGGUACAUCGUUGAUCGAUGGACACAUUGACAUAUUCCUUCAUAGACGUAUCUUUACCGAUGACAUUGGCGUCAAUACUUAUUUAAACGAAUCUGUGCUUGGACAUGGCAGUAUUGUGAGGGGGAAACAACAUUUUUAUCUAUCUAAAGCUGAUUUCAGACCAAACAAGGUGUUCGAGAAGAAAUUCGCAAAAGAAUUGGAGUUAGCACCCAAAGUCUUCACGUCAAUUCACCAGUCUUACUUCAACAUCAGUCUUGCGAACUGGAAUGAGAACAUCAAUGAAUAUACCGCUUUGAAUUUGAAAUUACCAGUUGGCGUCCACAUUUUAACUUUGGAAAAAUGGCACGACAAAUAUUUAUUGAGGUUAGAAAAUUAUUUAGAACAGGCUGAUGUUGCUCGCAAUGGUUUUAAAAAGGUAUUUAUUAAGGAGUUGUUUAAAGACUUCAUUAUAACUGAAGCCAAAGAAACUUUGCUAGCGGGUAAUAUAUGGUUAGAUGAUUACUACCCAAUGCGCUGGCACAAAGAUAGAUUCGUCAAAAAUUUUAAUGAAAUUUAUGGGAAUUUCAGCCAUUUUGAAUUUGCCAAAGAUGAGGAGGUGGAAUUGAAUCGACAGAAGAUAAAUUUGGAUGAAGGUAUCAGUUUGAUGCCGCAACAGAUUAGGACUUUCGUUGUUAGUUAUGUUCGGAGGUAA